GCUGGAGGAAGCUUCCCCCGUGGGCCCAGGGUCAGCACUGCGCCGGCCACAGCGCUGGGAAGUUUUGAUAAGCAAAUGCAGCCCUCGAGCGCCCUCUCCAUUGGCCGCCGCCUCGCCGCCAGAUUUUGACACAAAUAAUCAGAUUGAAAAUCAGGGAGGGGAACAGAAGAGAGGGAAAAAAACCCCAUAGAGACACAGAGAGAGAGAGAGAAAAGGAGAAGUAUCUGCUUGUGCAGGGAGUUGCGAAGCUGACCGAGAGCGGUUGGCCCAGUCAGGACGCUUGGAGGUUCCCCCAGGAGGACCCCCAGAGGGGCUCGGCAGGGCACAGCUCCCCGCAGAGGACUAUGGGAGAUGUUAACUCGGGGCCUCCUUCCGGAGCCCCGAUACCAUCAGCGCCUCUGUUUUAUGAAGAAAUCGGAGCUUCUUUCACAAUCUCUGCUCUCAGCUCCUUCUCAGAGCCGUCCUCCUCCGUGUGAAUCAAAACUGAGCGGUUGUUAAUUAACUACGUGAUAGGUGAUUGGUUCCUGUUUUACAGGCCCAGAAGGAAGUUCGCUGGCAUUCCCACCCGUCUCCCCCGAAGGGAGACACAGCUGAGGAUGCCGCGCUCCUUCCUGGUGAAGAGCAAGAAGGCGCACACCUACCACCAGCCCCGCGCCAAGGAGGAGAACCUGCUCUGGUCUCCUGCCCCAAGCCCUGGGGCCAGGGACCCUGUCCUGGGCACGCUGCUCCCAAGCUUGUACUCCAGCUGGAACCAUGUGAAGCAGGAGCCGGAGCUGGGGCCAGACCAGAGCGUGCCCAAGACGGCUGCAGUGCCAGAGGGGCCCACGGUGGCCUCCCGACCGCAGGACAGUGACUCGCCGCUCUCUGACUCGCCCACAUUUUACAAGCCCAGCUUCUCCUGGGACGCCCUGGCCUCGUCCUAUGGCCACAGCUUUCCGCAGACGCCGUCCACCAUCGAGUCGGCCUUCCUGGAGCGUGCCGUGAGGCUGUACGGCAGCCCCCUGCUGCCCAGCACCGAGCCGGCCCUGGACUUUGGCCUGCGCUACUCCCCAGGCAUGGACACGUACCACUGCCUCAAAUGCAGCAAGGUCUUCUCCACCCCGCAUGGGCUGGAGGUGCACGUCCGCCGCUCCCACAGUGGGACUCGGCCCUUCGCCUGUGACGUCUGCGGCAAGACCUUUGGCCACGCCGUCAGCCUGGAGCAGCACACACAUGUCCACUCUCAGGGGAUCCUGGCCGGGUCCAGCCCCGUGCCCAGCUUGGCUCUCCCGGGCCUCGAGGCCCCACCUGCUCCUGACCCCCCGGGGCCUCGUUUCCUCCGGCAGGAGCGCAGCUUCGAGUGCCGGAUGUGCGGCAAAGCCUUCAAACGCUCGUCCACCCUGUCCACCCACCUCCUCAUCCACUCGGACACCAGACCCUACCCCUGCCAGUUCUGUGGCAAACGCUUCCACCAAAAGUCAGACAUGAAGAAGCACACCUACAUCCACACGGGUGAGAAGCCGCACAAGUGCCAGGUGUGUGGCAAGGCCUUCAGCCAGAGCUCCAACCUCAUCACGCAUAGCCGCAAGCACACGGGCUUCAAGCCCUUCACCUGCGACCUCUGUGCCAAGGGCUUCCAGCGCAAGGUAGACCUGCGGCGGCACCGUGAGAGCCAGCACAGCCUCAAGUGAGGCUGCCGCCCGGACCCAGGCUGGCCGUGUUGCCUGACCCUCAGCAUGGCAUCCAUCUGCCUGAGGAAGCGCCCAGCGGGAGAUUCGAACUCAUUUUGGAUGCCUGAAAUUAUCACGUGACCCUAGACAGGUCCCUGUCUCCCCCUGGACCAUCGAUACUCUGGCUGCAAAGCGUGGGUGCCCUGCGGGUCUCUCCAGGGUGGAGUUGUCCUCUGAUAUGCUCAGUGUGCUCUGGGCUCAGAAAGCUGAAAUUCCCAGAAGGGCAGGGAGGGUCACGACUGUCAGAGGCCUUCUCCUCUCAAUCGCUGUAAAUAAAAAUAAAGACAGACA